GUACGCGGGCGCAUUGCACUCCCGGGGAGGUGCAGCUACAGCAGCCAGAGCAGUAGCGGCGGCGGUGGCUGCGCGCUGGGGGCGUUAAAUACUAUCUGUAUCACUUUUGGCAGCAGCAACAGUAUCCCCUGCCUUCCAUCCUCCUGUCUGGGUCCCGGGGAGCUGAAGUGCCCCUCCCAGAAGGGGAGCUCAGGGCCUGAGAAUCCUCCCCUGGAUGCUUCUGGCGCUCGCUUCCUAGACUCCUAGUUUCGCCAGUGGGCUGGGAAGUGGGGAGAGCUCCCGGAGAGGGACGCCUUGGAACCUCUGCUGCCUUCAAGCCCACGAGCGAGCCCAGAGGCGACCGCAGAGGAGCCUUGCAUUUGGGAUUGGGGAAGAAGAGGUAGACGUUGGAGGUGGAGGGAGGAACGGUCCUUCCCGACGCUCCGCAAGAUGGGCUGUACGUUGAGUGCAGAGGACAAGGCGGCGGUGGAACGGAGUAAGAUGAUUGACCGUAACCUGAGGGAGGAUGGUGAGAAAGCCGCCCGGGAGGUCAAGCUGCUUCUGCUGGGAGCUGGUGAAUCAGGAAAAAGCACAAUUGUAAAACAAAUGAAAAUUAUCCAUGAAGCUGGUUAUUCAGAAGAAGAAUGUAAACAAUAUAAAGCAGUUGUUUACAGCAACACCAUUCAGUCAAUUAUUGCUAUUAUUAGGGCAAUGGGGAGAUUAAAGAUAGACUUUGGAGACUCUGCUAGGGCGGAUGAUGCCCGGCAACUUUUUGUGCUUGCUGGAGCUGCCGAAGAAGGUUUUAUGACUGCAGAACUUGCGGGGGUUAUCAAAAGAUUGUGGAAAGAUAGUGGUGUACAAGCCUGUUUCAACAGGUCCCGGGAGUACCAGCUUAAUGAUUCUGCAGCAUACUACCUGAAUGACUUGGACAGAAUAGCACAUCCGAAUUAUAUCCCAACACAGCAGGACGUUCUCAGAACUAGAGUGAAAACGACAGGAAUAGUUGAAACACAUUUUACUUUCAAGGAUCUUCAUUUUAAGAUGUUCGAUGUGGGAGGACAAAGAUCUGAAAGGAAGAAGUGGAUCCAUUGCUUUGAAGGAGUAACUGCUAUCAUAUUUUGUGUAGCACUUAGUGACUAUGACCUGGUUUUGGCUGAAGAUGAAGAAAUGAAUCGAAUGCAUGAAAGUAUGAAAUUGUUCGACAGCAUCUGCAACAACAAGUGGUUUACAGACACAUCUAUUAUUCUUUUUCUAAACAAGAAGGAUCUCUUUGAAGAAAAAAUUAAAAGGAGUCCUCUCACUAUCUGCUAUCCUGAAUAUGCAGGUUCAAACACAUAUGAAGAAGCAGCAGCAUAUAUUCAGUGUCAAUUUGAAGACCUCAACAAAAGAAAGGACACAAAGGAGAUAUACACCCACUUCACGUGUGCCACAGAUACUAAGAAUGUUCAGUUUGUGUUUGAUGCCGUAACAGAUGUCAUCAUAAAAAAUAAUCUAAAGGAUUGUGGCCUCUUCUAAGAUUUUUAAGUUUAAUGGUAAAUCAAGUUUCUUAAGCCAAAUGUAAUUAAAUUUGGAGCUGUAUACACAGGAGCCUCACUAUAGUAUGACCAGCUGUAGCAUGAAAUUCACAAGGCAGGUCCAUCAGGGACUUCAUUUGAAGAUUGUCUCUCCCCAUCCCCCACUGGAAAUAUCAGAAGGACCUUGUUGUAACACUGUUAAACCUAUAACAGAGUCCUCAAGCAUGGAACCUAGGACAAAGUUAUAGCGAGGCUCCAGUGUAUGAUGUUUGCAUAUUUGCAAAUAUGGAAAUUAUUCUGUGCAUACCUAUAUUUAUAAGUUUAAUUAUUGAUCUUUAGGUUUGAAGAAUGGCUUCAUAAAAUUCUAACCUGAUGGUUUUCAAGGUGACAGAUACAGAAUGACUUGUGCUGAAUGAUAGACCAGUACUGUAUUUGCCAGUUUCAAACAGCUUUAUUUAUGUUCAUGUCUUGUAAAUUUUUAAGUACAGUAAUAUUAAGAAACAUUGAAAAAACUACCUUGAUUAUACGUAUACUUGUAAUUGUAGGAAUGUUAUUUGUACAAAUAUUGAACAAAAUAUUUUAAUAACUUGGUUUGUCCUCUAAAUUUGUUGUUUUAUUGAAAUGCUCUUAAAAGAGGAUGAAUAUACUUGCCUUUGGAUUGAUUAUUUAAAAAAAUCUUGUAUGUUUUGAUUUCUUUUCUUUAUAAAGGUGCAUGCUGCCUUAUUCUCUUUUAAGUUUCAGUUGCAAAACUAAGAUGCAUUUCCAAUUUUUUGAUAUGUUGUAGACAGCCUCACAUUUAUUGUUAUACCUAAUUUUUAUUCGUUUAACUUAAGUUUUCACUCUUAAAUUUACUAUGUGAUUGAUAUAUAUGCAUUGCCUUAAUGGUGGUGCCAAGAUUAAUUUUUAUACAUUUUAAAUGAAUAAGCUUUUAUUUAUAAGUAAGUUGAGGUGGAUGUUGAGAGCAUUUUUGUGGGCUAAAAUGUGAGUGUAAUAAAUUUAGAGACAUUCAUUUGUGUAUUUCCUUUGGGAAACUCCUUGUACCUAGCAUACAUGAUAGUUUGAAUAGUCUACUACUGAUUCAGCACAAGCUUUAAGUUUAGCUAUAUAACUAGAUUCAGAUUUUAUUAUCCUGCUAUGCUGAAAUUGCCCCUUUUUUCUUUUAGAGUAUUCAUAUUGCUUUCAAGUGUCUAAGGUCUGUUUUAUCUCAUUUUAAAAAAAUUUUUCACUUCUUUUAAACAUGAACAAUUAUGUUUUCAAAGUAUAAGGACUGAUGCUUAUUAGAAGUAAAUAAUAGUCUGUACUCAUUAGUGUUACAUGUCACUAAGAUGUUGCACUUUGAUAAAAAUCAUUACUUUCCCAUUGCUUGGGCGUGUCUCCCUAUGUAGCUGUUUAAACCAUUUCCAGCAAAAAAAUACAAAGGGGCUUCUGCUUAUCCCAGAAAUAUUGCUAUUUUAGUUGUUUGCUCGUAAGCAAGUUACAUGGUGUUUAGCUCAUGUUUGAUUUUACUCUGUCAGUUGGCAUCCAUCAGUUUGUGUGUCUGUGUUCUUAAAAGUACUUACAUGUGACUUUGCAUUUAUGUCAGUCUCAAUUAUAAGAGCUUUUUUAAAAAAAAAAUAAUUGGAAGUUAUCAAAAUUUUCUAACUUUGUUGGUCUAAAUUCUUUAUGUGCCUUUUCUGAAAAAUGUUUUUCAUUGAAUUUAUUGAUGGAAGAACUGCUACAUAUGUUCACAGCAUGAAGGUGAGAAGAAAGUGAAAUUAUACUAUGAAGAAAUUUUCAUCAUAAGAAUUAUGGUUGAAAGAAAAAAAAUAAAACAAGAUACAUUGGUGAGCCAUCACUGAUGAGAACCUGAACUUUAUUCUGUGUAAUUCUGUGUUACUAAUAAAGCCUAAUAAAUUUAAGAUUUUUAAAAUUUUACAA